AUGUCGUUUCGUGUGGUGAGAAGUUCCAAGUUCCGGCACGUGUUUGGGCAGGCGCUGAAGCGCGAACAGUGCUACGAUAAUAUACGCGUAUCGAAGAGCAGCUGGGACUCGACAUUCUGUGCGGUCAAUCCCAAAUUUUUGGCCAUCAUCGUCGAGUCGGCCGGUGGUGGUGCCUUCAUCGUAUUACCUCACAAUAAGGUCGGACGGAUCGCGGCGGAUCAUGCACUGGUCGGAGGACACAAGGGCCCCGUACUGGAUAUUGCCUGGUGUCCGCACAACGACAAUGUCAUCGCAUCUGGGUCGGAAGAUUGCGUUGUGAAGGUGUGGCAAAUUCCGGACGGUGGACUGUCCCGUACACUUACCGAGCCGGUCGUGGAUCUGGUCUACCAUCAGCGCCGUGUAGGGCUCGUCCUAUGGCAUCCCUCCGCGCUAAACGUACUGCUGACGGCCGGCUCGGACAAUCUGAUCGUGGUGUGGAAUGUCGGCACGGGCGAGGUGCUGGUGCGGAUCGACUGCCACCCGGACACGAUCUACAGUGCCUGCUGGAACUGGGACGGUUCGCAGCUGGUAACGACCUGCAAAGAUAAGAAGAUCCGCAUACUGAACCCACGCAACGGCGAGGUACUGAACGAAGCACUCGCACACGAAGGUUCGAAGGCAACGCGCGCCAUCUUCCUGCGGCACGGACUGAUCUUCACGACCGGUUUCAAUCGCUCGUCCGAGCGACAGUAUUCGCUGCGGGCACCGGACGCAUUGGGUGACCCGAUCGUGAUGGUCGACCUGGACACGUCGAACGGUGUCAUGUUCCCGCUGUACGAUCCGGACACCAACCUGAUCUACCUGUGCGGCAAGGGCGAUUCCGUUAUACGGUACUUCGAGGUGACGCCCGAACAUCCGUACGUGCAUUACAUCAGCCAGUUCCAGACGCCGGAUUCGCAGCGAGCCAUCGGCAUGAUGCCAAAGCGUGGUUGUGACGUGAGCACUUGCGAGGUGGCCCGUUUCUACCGACUGAACAACGGGGGCCUGUGCCAGGUGAUCUCGAUGACGGUACCGCGCAAGAGUGAACUGUUCCAGGAGGAUCUCUACCCGGAUACGCUCGCCGACGAAGCAUCGAUAUCGGCCGAAGAUUGGAUCAGUGGGGCGGAUGCCGAUCCGCAGCUUAUCUCGUUAAAGGAUCGUGUCUUUCUCGUACAGGGUGGCUACGUGUCGCAGGCCCAAAGCACUACGCUGACGGUGACGAAAAAGUCGAACGUGCUGGACAAGAUGGCGCCGAAGAGCGGUGGACCGAAGUCACUGUCGGCAUCGACCGGUGGAUCGGCGGGCGCAUCGGCCAACGGUUCGCCGGUGACGGUCAACAAUGGGACCGGGGCCGGCGGUGGAGGAAGCACAUCACCAGCCAACAAUGGAACCCAGCAGAUCACGAUCGGAGGUGUAUCGGAGCAACAGUUCGGUGAGCUGAGGACAAAGUUCGAAGAGGAAUUCCGCAAGCUGAAGGCAAUCAUCGUAAAGCACGAAAACCGAAUCCGGUCCCUGGAAGCCACUGUCAAAGCGAUGACGGAUCGGGGGCUGACGGAACUGGAUGGUGGUCUUGCACCCGCUGCUGUCGCCGCGUCCGCUGGCACCUCGCCUUCACCAGCACCUUCCUCGUUGCCACCCACGUCCGACGAUGGUACGCAACCGCCUGCGGCCGGUGGAGCGGAUGGUGGUGGUGGCCACUACCGCAAUUCAACCCUCGAGCCGGACGAAGUUUAA